AUGAUAUUGCUGGCUUCGGAUUCGGAUCCUCUUAAGCUCCACGGUGCAAAGGUGAGACUAGAAUGCCGAUCGAGGACCACCGGCGCAAAGACGUGCAGCUUCGACGGCGUGACCGACCGCAGUGGCACCUACAACAUUCUUGUCGCCGAUGAGCACGAGCACGAGACCUGCGAGGCGGUGCUCGUGAGUAGCCCGGUGAAGGGUUGUGCCGAGACGCUGGAGGGCCGGGAGAGGGCUCGUGUGUUCCUCACCAACAACAACGGCAUUGCAUCAACCAAGAGGUUUGCCAACUCACUGGGCUUCCAAAGGGAUAUCGCCUUGGCAGGCUGCGCUCAGCUGCUCAAGAUGUAUCCGCAAUAUGAGAAUGAAGUCCAAGUUUGA